AUGACGGAGAAGAGAACCAUUAGCAUUUGUAUUGAUUCAUCGGCUUGGAAGGAAUCGGUUCAAUUUUUGUGCGCUAGAGCCUUCUUCAUGAAGUGGGGAGGAGAUUGGCUUGCUUUUUCAAAGAUAAGGAAAUGGGUUGAUGAGGAAUGGGGGAGCCAUUUUGAGAUCAAAACCCUAACAAACGGCUUUUUCUUAAUCAUUGCUGGGUCAGAAGUGGAAAAAACCAGAAUCAUGUAUAAUGGGUCUUUCAUGAUGAAGGGAGUAGGGUUCUACAUUAAAGAUUGGAUCCCCAACUUUGAUCCCCGGCAAGCCUCCAUUGAGGAAAUCCCAGUAUGGAUUAGGUUGUACAACUUACCGCAUGAGUAUUGGAAGGAGGAAGUUUUCAAGAUAAUCGGUGACAAGCUAAGGAGAUUCAUCAAAUCAGAUGAAGCCAUUGAUAAACUGGACUCGUGCAUGUAUGCUCGAAUUUGCAUAAUAUGGAAACCCCAUCCCUUGCUCCCCAAGGCCAUUGAAAUCCGCUCCCCUGAGGGCUUCUGGCGGCAAGAGUUAGAAGUUGAAGAGAUCAUGGUGAAAUGUAAGUCCUGUAAAGAGUGGGGGCAUGAGGAAUCUGAAUGUAUGGCAAGCCAGAAAGGCAAAGGCAAGGUUGACAGAGCGUUGGAGGACUAG